GAAAACGUUCACUCACUCAGUUAGCAAGUGACCGUUGACAGGAACGGACGUGUUAUCAAUGACGCUCCUCUUGUAUUUACUUAGUGUAUUUUUAUUUGUUAAUGUCGAAGCUAAUUGGGCUGCUGAUUAUGGACCGUUUAAAACUCUUCUGUAUUCCGAUUGGAUCACGUGCGACCACAACAAGAGUUUGAAUUUAAGUGUCAACGAAACACUAGUAUAUUUCUAUGAUUUCCAAAAUAACUUCAAUCUUAGUUACAACAUCGACGGAGCUAUAGAAGCAUUUACUCAAGUAUACAAUCUAGACGUUUCAAGACGCGUUAUUUUAUUCGUACCCGGAUACAAAUCCCACGUAUAUAAAAGUGCAUCCGAAAUCAUCAGGAAUGCCUUUAAAGAUGUUCCGAACAUAUACCUAAUGAUAAUAGACCAUUCAGCGUACACAUCUGCUAAUGGAGGAAAAUUGAAAAGCUAUGAACGAUCUGUUCACUAUUCAUAUUACCUAGGCGAGGCUAUUGGAGAUCUACUCGUAAAGUUGAGAAUACAUGGAUUUUCAUCAAAUAAUAUACAUGGCAUCGGGCACAGCUUGGGAAGCCAAAUUCUUGGCUAUGCAGGUUCGAGUUACUUGAACAGAACGGCGGAAAAAGUUUGGAGAAUUACUGGAAUAGACCCAGCAGGGCCUUGCUUUUCAAAUACCUUCAUUCAAGAACAAUUGAGGUCAGGAGUUGCUGAAUAUGUGGAAGUGUAUCACUGUAACGCUGGUGGCUUGGGUACGACGAGUGUUCUAGCUGACAUUGAUUUCUUCAUGAACGAUGGCAAAAUUCAGCCCAAAUGUGACGCUGGUUUCCUUUCGAGUCUAGGCGAUUCUGACGCUAAGUGUAGCCACAAAUCGUGCAUGCGUUACUGGGCUGAGACGGUUAAUCAUCCAGGAUGGUAUUUAGCGUGGAAAUGUGAUUCAUAUAAGGACUUCUCGCAUGGGAAAUGCUCUAGUAACGAAGUGACGAUAGCCGGCUACUCCAAUCCAGGAAAUGCAACGGGUGUUUUCUAUCUAUCUACAGAAGCUUAUAGAAUAGAUUAAAUGUAUAUCUAUAGAUGCAUAAUUAUUUAUAGUGCAAUGAUAGUCAUCGACAAUUGUGUUAUUAUACUAAAAUGCAGUUGUAGUCCAUGGUAAGAACCAAAGUUAUUAUUUAUAUGCGAUAUAUGUAGUUUUGGUAGGAAAAUUAAUAAUACCUCGCGAACAUA